UCGCCGGGACCCGUCAACAUCUUGUCAACCGGACAGCAGAAAUGGCUUUGAGUGGAAAAAACGCAGUGGUGACCGGAGCAGUGAUGGGAAUAGGAAAGGCGAUGACAGAGGUUCUCCUGCAAAACGGUGCCAAGGUAACCCUCCUGGACGUGAAUGAAAGUGCAGGAAAGACUCUAAUGGAAGCCUUGGAGAAACAGUACGGACAGGGGAGAACUCUGUUCUGUAAGGCUGACGUUCAAUCAGAGGAGCAGCUCAAAGCUGCCUUUGAGAAAACCACAGAAACAUUUGGAGGAAUAGACAUCCUGUGCAACAAUGCUGGCAUCUUGAAUGAGGGUCUGUGGGAGCAAACUGUUUCUAUAAACUUGGUGGGAGUUAUCAGGGGGACUUACCUGGCUUUUGAGCACAUGAACAAAUUGAAAGGAGGCCGGGGAGGGGUCAUCAUCAACACAGCAUCUAUGGCAGGUCUCGGCCCUCUACCAAGCUGUCCCAUCUAUACAGCCACCAAGCACGGAGUGGUCGGCUUCACCCGAGCCAUGGCGGCUAACUCUGCCCUCUCUGGCUACGGCAUACGAGUGAACGCCCUUUGUCCGGGCUUUGUCCAAACUGAACUCUUCACUGAAAUCCCAGCUCGACUGGCACAACACUCCCACCUGGCUAAUGCAACCGCACAGCUGGUGGAGAAGCUUGGGACGAUAACUGUAUCUGAUGUAGCGCAGCACCUCGUCGAGCUGGUGACGGAUGAGACGAAGAACGGAGAGGCCCUCAUGGUGAUGCCAGGUGGAAAACAAUACGUAACUUUCCCUUCAUUUGUUUAGUCGCUCUGUGUACAACAGACAGGGAGCUUCGACUAAAACAUCUUCCUGAGUAGCCAGUACAGUAUAUGAAUGCGUUUACUUUGCUGGUUACUUAACUGUUGCUUAAUUAUAUCAAUCGCUUCUCCUUCCAAUCGGCAAAGUGCGUUGUGGGAAGCAGUAUCAGACAUGUAGGGCCCUAUUUAAAUGAUUUAUGGCGCUUGGUCUAUGGCGCUAGUACGUUAAGGGUGUUUCCAGCUGUGCAGCAGCAAAGUGAGGGGUUGUAGUUAGGCCCUGAAUAAGUCAUGGGUGUGUUUUGGGUGUAACACAAAUUAAACCGAUCAGGCGACAUCUCCCACUCGCUGUAAGAGCCACAUGCACCAGGACCUGGAGAUAUAACACGGUGGCACUUAUCUUCACUGAGAGACUUGAUGGUCCUCGGCCUGCUGGACACUCUGCCCUGCUAUCAUUGGUCCAAUCUGCAAAUGUUUCACUGCUUAUGAAAACAUACACUCAUAUUCAGUGCAGCUGUGCGUCAGCUCAGUCAGCAUCCACGUGAGUUAAUGUGCGUUCUCUACACAACAAAUUCUCACACAAAGUCCAGAUUCAUGCAGUGAAAUCGUUUGGCGAAGCUCCAAGUUUCCUCUGUCAAGUUUCUCACGACAGCUUUUGGUGUUUUGCAUGCACCAUGACUGCACUCAUGAAACUGUUUAACACACCCACUGGCACACAGUACCCUUGCUUUUCACACAUCGUGGGCUUGAAAAUAACAACUGUGUUGGUCUGAAACGGUUUGCGGAUAUGUACCAUGCCAAUACUUUAUUCUGACAACAUGACAUUUCAACAUUUAACCGACUGAAUCAAAGACUCUUGAACUUGAAAGUUUACUGUCACCUUAUUCAAAAAUCCAGUAAAUCCUGAAUGUAGUUUUUCCUCUUUUAUAUGAUUGUCAGUCUGUAGUAACAAUAAAGUGUUUGUUUGAUCAAAAAUGA